AUGAAAAAAAAUUAAAAAAAUGUUCUAAUUAGAUCAACUAUGCAUUCUCCAUCAAAUUAUGAUUCUAAACCUUCAACUUAAGUCCCAAGGAAUCGUUCAAGCAAUUAAUUUGAGGAAGCUGAUCCUACUUCCAAAGGUAUUCAAUUUAUAUAUAUAAGAGAUAGAAAAAUCAUUAGAAUGAGAAAUGUUGUUGAUUUAGGAGAUGGAGGAGAAUUUACACAUAAACCAUCAUCUUAAAAUCAUAGAAAAUAAAGUUAAGAUGAAAAUGAUCAUUUACUUGAAUAAUUAGAUUAAUGGCAUGAGCAAAUAAUAUCAAAUAGAAAAACCUUUGCUUUUGAAUAGAUUAAAUAAAAUGACAAUAAAUUAUUGGAUAAUGAAUUUACUAAUGAUGGUGGACCAUAAAUAAAUCAAGCCAUCUUAAAUUCUAUCAUGAAGCCUUAAGAAAAACAAUAAUUAAAAAUAUAAUAACAGGAUGAAGAAUAAAAUACUUCAGUCUAAGUUAAGUUUUAGAUGUUGAGACCAAACAGAGAUUCAAACAAUCCAGUUCUUAAAACUCUUGAUUAAGUUAGAAUUGAAAUGAAUAAAUAAAUCUUAAAUUCAUUAUUAUUGCAAAAAGUUACUAAAAAGUUAGAUGAUCUAAAAAUCAAUAGAAAAUCAAAAUCUAAUUGGAAUUUACAAAAACUGGAUGAAGAAACUGCAUAAGUUGUCAGAGAACAAUCAUAAGCCUUAAAAAGUUCUACUCUUAAUAAUUUUAAAGGUUUAACAGAAUAUUUUAGUAAUCCAGCAUAAUAUAUAGAUUAUGAUGUUGUAUUAUCUAAAGCAAAAUAUUAUAGUAAUAAACCUUAAAAUUAAUUUCAAGUUGAACUAAUUUAAACUGGAUAAUAGACAUCAUCAUCAGCUAAAUAAUUAAUGGAAUCCUUUUAAUAAUUUUAAACUUAAAUCAAUGAUAACAAAUAAAUACUCUAUCAAAUGAGAUUAGACAAUAAUCAAUAAGUUUAAUAAAUUAAUAAAUAUGAAGAAGAAAUUAGUGAAAUUCGAAGAAAAUAUUAUGUAAAGGAAGAAAAGGCAAGACUAGGCUAUAUACCAGAUUAAGAAGGUAAGAAAAGGAAUUUGAUGGAUAUAGUAGAGAAGAUUAGAUAGUAAAGGGAUUUAGAAAUUAAAAAUAUCUAAAAGGUUAUUACAUAAAUAAAAGAUGAAAUUCAUAAAAAUAAUGAAAAAUAAUAGAUACUUUAGAAGGAUUUAGAUGAACAUAGACAAAAAAAGAGAAGAUGUAAAAUGCUUUUAAAAGAUAUAUUUCUCAAAUAACUUCAAGAAGCAAAUGAAUCUUUAGUACCUGAAGGAUUAGUUUCAAUAAUUAAGAAUAUGAAAAAAAUAAAUGAAAAUGCAAAGUUAGAUUAAUUUCCUAGAUAUCUUGAUGAUACUUCUAGAAAUUAUUUAUUAUAAGCUGCUUAGCUAGAUAUUGAAAUUGAAGAAACCAGAUAGUUGGCACAAAAACUUCUUCCUUCAACUUCCAAUCUCAAAAGUAGCUAAUCAUAAUAGACAUUAUUUUAAUCUCAACCUAUUAGUGUGUUUCAAUUAAAAAAUUAAGUAAAAACAAUGUUAAAGAAAAGCAAAGUUUCAAUUAAAAAACCAGUAUUCGUUUAAGGUAUUGAUCCACUCAAUCCCUCAGCUUUUGCUCAUGUUAUAAAAUGGGAAAAUUAAGAAUUGGAAUCUCUUAAUCCUCAAGAAAAGGAAUAAUCUAAUUUUAAAUUAUAAAAUUUGCCAAGUGAAGUUAAUUUGCUGACUAAAGAUUACAAUUAAAAAUUAGUUCAAUUAUAAUAGUAAUUGGAAUAGUUAUAAAAAAUUGAAUAAGAGAGAAUACUUAGAUUAUAUUAAAAUAAGCGUCAUUUAUCAGAUGUAUAAGAAUUAAAACUUGUUCUUUAUUCUUUAUUUGGAUAAAUCAUAGGUGAUUAAGUUUGGUAUGAUUUCGUCAUUGAAUGGACAGAGUAGAAACAAUUGAAUCCCUAAUAAAUAUUAAAAAAGGAGACUGAACAAAAAUAAAACGAAAAAGGUUAAAACUAAUAAAUAAAUGAAAAAGUUAAAGAGAGAAUAGCAAGUACUUAUCGCAAAUUGCAAUAAAGUAAUGAAAUUGAUUAUAAUUUUAAUAUCCUAGAUUGA